AUGUCUGUAAAUAGCAGCACCAAGUUUAUGAACAGUCCAACACAGGCAGAUUCCAGGAUGAUGGGGCCCGUUAAAAAUCAACCUGUUAUCGCUCUACAACUAAAACCUGUGGUGUGGAGUCCUCUUAGGGUAGAGAUAUCAUCCUGUAAGAGAGGUCGUCCUCCUGUAGAGAGGUUGUCAUUCUUUAAGAUAGGUCGCCAUCCUGUAAGAUACGUCAUCCUGAAGAGAGGUCGUGCUGUAAGAGACGCCGCCUCCUGUAGAGAGCUAAAGAGAGGUCAUCCUGAAAAGAGGUCAUCCUUUGAUUGUACUUCCAGCAGUUCUUUGGUUGGACGAUUCCAGUAUCUGUGUUUGCUGGAGCCAGUAAAAAUAAUUGAUCCCCACUUGGUGUCAUCAUUCUUUGACAAUUAUAAGAGAGUAUAUCUACAUGCCACAACUGAGUUAGAAAACAGGAGCUCCUGGACUGCUGAGUGUUCUUUGAGUAUCCAUGUGACAACAGAACUCGAGGGGAGCAUCCACUCAGUAGAGCAGUUUCAAACUCAAAAUGUUUCAAUUCCUCCAACAUCUCGGGUGCAAUAUACAUAUCCUGAGCUCUUCUUCCACAAGCCCAAUUUGUGGUGGCCAAAUGGAAUGGGGAAACAAUCUUUGUACAACGUUAUUAUUAACGUUGAUGUUAAAGGAUAUGGUGAGUCUGAUUCAUGGAGCCAUCACUUCGGAUUCCGCAAGAUUGAAAGCCAUAUUGAUGAUGCUACUGGUGGAAGAUUGUUCAAAGUUAACGGAGGACCAAUUUUUAUACGAGGGGGGAAUUGGAUAUUGUCUAAUGGGCUACUGCGACUCUCAAAGAAGCGAUACGAAACAGAUAUCAAGUUUCAUGCAGAUAUGAAUUUUAAUAUGAUUCGUUGCUGGGGCGGUGGCCUCACUGAAAGGCCAGAGUUUUAUCAUUACUUUUAUUUGUUUUCCUUUCCAUUUGAGUAUUUGUGUAUUGAUGUAGCAGUCUGGCAAGAAUUCUGGAUUACGGGGGAUGUGGAUGGACGUGGUAUCCCUGUAUCAAAUCCAAAUGGUCCCCUGGACCAUGAUCUUUUCUUGUUUUGUGCAAGAGACACGGUCAAGCUUCCUAGAAAUCAUCCUAGUCUUGCUCUCUGGGUGGGUGGAAAUGAACAAACUCCACCAGAUGAUAUAAAUACAGCCCUGAAAAAUGAUCUGAAACUUCAUCCUUAUUUCAGACAUACAGAAGAAAAAGAAAAACCUGUUGCUGGCUUGUCCCAUAGGUUGGGGGAUCCUAGCCAAUAUCUUGAUGGCACAAGAAUUUACAUACAAGGAUCAUUAUGGGAUGGGCUUGCAGAUGGGGAAGGGAACUUCACUGAUGGACCUUAUGAGAUUCAAAAUCCAGUAGAUUUUUUUAAGGAUGACUUUUACAAGUAUGGAUUCAACCCUGAGGUUGGUUCUGUAGGAAUGCCAGUUGCUGGAACCAUAAGAGCAACAAUGCCUUCAGAAGGAUGGCAAAUACCACUGUUUAAUAAACUUUCCAGUGGUUAUGUUGAAGAAGUUCCAAAUCCCAUUUGGAAAUACCAUAAAUACAUUCCAUAUGCAAACCCAACCAAGAAGGUUAAUGAUCAAAUUGAGUUGUAUGGUAAUGUGAAUGACCUUGAUGAUUUUUGUUUGAAGGCUCAACUAGUUAACUACAUACAAUAUAGAGCUCUUCUGGAGGGAUGGACGUCUCACAUGUGGAAAAAAUUUACAGGAGUCUUGAUUUGGAAGACACAAAAUCCUUGGACUGGUCUGAGAGGUCAAUUUUAUGAUCAUCUUCUUGACCAAACAGCAGGAUUCUUUGGUUGUCGAUGCGCUGCAGAGCCAAUUCAUGUACAGCUUAAUCUGGCUACAUAUUUUAUAGAGGUAGUGAAUACUACAUCAGAAGAAUUGUCUAACAUAGCUGUGGAAGUUUCAGUGCGGGACCUCGAAGGCACGUGUCCACACUCCAAAGUUCAUGAAAAUCUCACUGCACUGCCAAAAAAUAUAACACCUAUUGUUGAGAUGGAAUAUCCAAAGACAAAAAAUCCCAAGCCGCUCAACUUUCUUAUUCUCGAAGUCUACAACAUGUCAGAUAAUACAAAGAGCAAGGAAGUUGGUUGGUUUAGGAGGAUACACAAAUGCUUUGCAGGGAAAAGUGCUGGUGUGAAGGUUUCUGAAAUUAAUGGCCAAGAUAUAGGUGUUGCAUUCUUUCUUCAUUUUUCUGUUCAUGCUUCGAACAAGGACCACAAGGAGGGGGAAGACACAAGAAUUCUCCCCGUUCAUUACUCAGAUAACUAUUUUUCACUUGUGCCAGGAGAGACCAUGACUAUUAAAAUUUCUUUUGAGGUCCCUCCAGGUGUCUCUCCUCUAGUUACUUUGCAUGGCUGGAAUUUCGACCAACAAGCCAUCCAUGAAGGUCUUUAG